UGUUUGGUCUAGACAUAAACAUCUCUUUGAAUCUAGUAUUUAUUAGGUUUCUAACAAGUGAUAAAACCUCAUUCCUGAUUUUCAUAUCUACAAACUCCACUAAAAGUGAAGCUUUGGUGUUUUCUGGCUGGUUUUUAUAUCCGAACUUAUGUUGUAGAUAGUUUGUUCAGGAAAAGCUUAACAUGGAAAUAUACGAUGAAAGUGUGUUAACUCCUUAUGAAAUUGAAAGGCAAAACAACAUCAUAAGUAAUUAUGAGUUUAUGAAAGCUUGUGGUUUACCUGUUAAGCCCUUGAUUUAUGUCAAACAAAACAAAGUAAAAUUAGAAGAGGUUUACAAUUACAAUAGUGCUAGUGACACUUCUGAAAGUAAUCAAGAGGAUGAAGAUUGGAAAAGUUCAAAAGCAAAACAUAAAUUAUCCAAUUGCAGAGUUGUACCAGAUUUUACAAGAAAAGUUAAAAGUCCAAAGAAGUUUUUAGAAUUAAAAAAGCAAUUAAAAAAAAAGACUGUAAAGAAAACUGAAACAACUUCAUUCAAACGAAAAUAUGAAAGAACAUUUCACCCUGAAAAUUUAAUACGUAAAAGGCAAAGAAUAAGUAAAUAUGAAGAGAUUAAAAAUGAAAGAUAUCCAAAACGAGGAACUAGGAAAAACUACAAAGAGGCUGAUGUUCCUGACGAAGAUCAUUAUUUAUUUUGUGAAUCUUGCUCAGAAUUUUUUUAUGGUGACUGUCCUGAACAUGGGUCAUUACUUCCAUUAGCAGAUAAAACUGUGAAUUAUGAUGAAGUUCAAAGGUCGGUCGCUACUCUUCCUGAUGGGAUGGUUAUUAAAGAAAGUCUUAUUCCACAUGCUGGUCUAGGUGUUUUUGCUAUUGAAAAUUUUGAUGUUGGUGUGAGGUUUGGACCUUAUCAGGGUAAAAAGAUUCGUCCAGAUAUUCCAAAAGAAGAUCUUGAUACUAGCUACAUGUGGGAAAUUAUGAAAGAUGGAAAUGUUUUAUACUAUAUUGAUGGAAAAGAUGAACGGUAUAGCAACUGGAUGAGAUACAUAAAUUGUUCUCGUAUUGAAGCUGAGCAAAAUCUUGUUGCUUUUCAAUAUCAUGGUGAAAUUUAUUAUCGUGUUUAUAAAAAGGUUGAAAAAGGAAAAGAAUUUCUUGUUUGGUAUGGGGAUGACUAUGCAAAAGACCUUGGGAUUAUUAACUCAAAAAAAGAUAUUCAUCAAUGCAAAAUGUGUGGUGUCUGUUUUACUGCAGAAAUUUAUUUGAUUUCGCACAUAAGACAUUGUAAAAUAAAAAAUAGGAACUUUGGUAUUAAUAAACUUAAAAAUGGAGCUGACAUUAAAAUAACAGAAGAAAAUAUUAAAAUAUCUGAAGACAACAUGGAAAAUUUAGUUAGUUGUUCUAACAGCAAAAGUAAGGUAAACAAUAAUAUAACAACACAUGUAAAAAUUUGCUCUGGUGGGAAACCAUUCAAAUGCACUUACUGCCAUUAUGAAUGCACACAAAAAACUAAUUUAACAACACAUUUAAGAAUUCACACUGGUGAGAAACCAUUCAAAUGCACUUACUGCGAUUAUGAAUGCACAAAUAAAUAUAAUUUAGUAAGACACGUUAAACUUCACACUGGUGAGAAACCAUUCAAAUGCACUUACUGCGAUUAUAAAUGCACACAAAAAACUAAUUUAACAACACAUUUGAAAAUUCACACUGGUGAGAAACCAUUCAAAUGCACUUACUGCGAUUAUAAAUGCACACAAAAAAGUGAUUUAACAAAACAUUUAAAAAUUCACACUGGUGAGAAACCUUUCAAAUGCACUUACUGCGAUUAUGAAUGCACACAAAAAACUAAUUUAACAACACAUUUGAAAAUUCACACUGGUGAGAAACCAUUCAAAUGCACUUACUGCGAUUAUAAAUGCACACAAAAAAGUUAUUUAACAAAACAUUUAAAAAUUCACACUGGUGAGAAACCUUUCAAAUGCACUUACUGCGAUUAUGAAUGCACACAAAAAACUCAUUUAACAACACAUUUGAAAAUUCACACUGGUGAGAAAUUGUUCAAAUGCAUUUAAUGCAAUUAUGAAUGCACACAAAAAAGUAGUUUAACACUACAUGUGACAAAUUCACACUGGUAAGAAACCAUUUUAAUGUACUUUGCACACAAAAAAUUAGUUCAUCAGACAUGCAAAUUAGCAACUGGUGAGAAACUUUUAAUAUGUACUUAGUGUGAAAAAAAAAUGUCAAUAUUUAUACUGAUUAAAAGCAAAUUUAGUUUUUACCUUAAGUUUGUGCUGUAUUAAUUGGUUUAACUAAAUUUUGUGAUGUGCAUAAACAGGGCCUGAAAUAACAAACUUUUUUCUACCGAACUAUUUGUCCAGUAAAGAAUCAAGUUUGCUGGACAUGUACAAUAAAAACUAAAGUGCAAUCUAACGUCAAUCCUGAACACGUCUUAAAUGUAAAGGAAAAUUUAUAAGAUAAAUUUUGUAGAAAUGCUUUGUAAAUUGUUAAAUACAUAAAUUAUUACAUAAA